AUGUCUGUCGUCUCGCUUCUCGGGGUUAAAGUCCUCAACAACCCUGCCCACUUCUCCUCGUCCUACCAAUUCGAGAUUACUUUCGAGUGUCUCGAGCAACUCCAAAAAGAUCUGGAGUGGAAACUCACGUAUGUUGGUUCCGCCACCUCUUCCGAGCAAGAUCAGGAACUUGACUCGCUGCUUGUCGGUCCCAUUCCUGUCGGAGUGAAUAAGUUUAUUUUCGAGGCCGACGCCCCCGACUACAAGCGGAUCCCCGAUUCUGAGAUCCUCGGCGUCACCGUCAUUCUGCUCACUUGUAGCUAUGAUGGCCGUGAGUUUGUUCGAGUAGGAUACUACGUUAACAACGAGUACGACUCGGAGGAAUUGGCCGCCGAUCCCCCUGCGAAGCCCCAGAUCGAGCACAUCCGCCGUAAUGUCCUUGCUGAGAAGCCCCGUGUGACUCGCUUUGCGAUCAAGUGGGAUUCUGACGAGUCUGCUCCUGCCGAGUACCCGCCUGACCAGCCUGAGGCGGAUAACCUGGACGACGAUAGCAACGCCUACGGUGCAGAGGAGCGUGAGCUCGAAGCCGCCCUCGUCAAAGAGCUCGAGGAAGCCAACAAGGACGAGAUCGAGGGUGAUGACCACGAUAUGGAAGGCGGCGAGGCCACAGCCGGUAACGACGAAGAAGAAGCUUCUGAUGCUGAGAGCGAAGAUCUUGAGGAGGAGAGCGAUGAUGAUGACGAGGAUGAAUUGGACGAGGAUGAAGCCGCUGAGGCUGAUGAGGACGUGGAGAUGGGUGAUGACAAGCCUGCCCACCCGUCUCAACCCGGUGGACCGGAGGUUAUGGUGCACUAA